AGACACUUUUAUAUAAAAAACGGUAAAACCCUACCUACGCCUCGCAUGGUCGGUCGCACCGAACAGCACGACCAGACCAGUUGCCCGGCUCACCAAAUCCAGGCGUGGCCGUGCGACCAUCCCUCCCCUCAUGGCGUCAUCGGCGGCGCGAUCCCUCGCGCUCGUCGCGUCUGCCUCGGCAUCGCUCGGCGUCGGGCAGCGGUCGUGGGCUCGCUUGGCUGUCUCUUCCUCUUCGGCUGGGUCGGCCCUCCCCAAGCUCCGCGGGCUCCGCUCGUUCGCCGCCUCCGCAGGGGGCGCCGUGAUGGGGAAGCCAGGCCCCGGGGUCGUUGACGCCGACGCCGGGAUGGACGCCGUCCAGCGGCGGCUCAUGUUUGAGGACGAGUGCAUUUUAGUGGAUGAACAAGACAAUGUCAUCGGCCACGAGUCCAAGUAUAACUGCCAUCUCAUGGAGAAGAUAGAAGCUGGAAAUGCCCUGCACAGAGCUUUCAGUGUUUUCCUUUUCAACUCCAAAUAUGAGUUGCUACUGCAGCAAAGGUCUGCAACAAAAGUGACAUUUCCACUUGUCUGGACAAACACCUGCUGUAGCCAUCCUCUCUACCGCGAGUCAGAGUUGAUUGAGGAAAAUUGUGCAGGGGUGAGAAAUGCAGCCCAGCGCAAACUAUUUGAUGAGCUGGGAAUAGUGGCUGACGAAUUACCUGUCGACCAGUUCAUUCCGCUUGGGAGGAUGCUUUACAAGGCUCCUUCAGAUGGAAAAUGGGGCGAACACGAGUUGGAUUACCUCUUGUUCAUGGUUCGUGACGUGAAGCUCGACCCGAAUCCUGAAGAGGUGGCCGAUGUCAAGUACAUGAACCGGCAUCAGCUGAAGGAGCUGCUCAGGAAAGCCGAUGCCGGGGAAGAUGGCGUUAAGCUCUCCCCUUGGUUCAGGCUGGUGGUGGACAACUUUCUCAUGGGCUGGUGGGAUCAUGUCGAGCAAGGGACUCUGCAGGGGGCAGCAGACAUGAAAACCAUCCAUAAAUUGUAAAUCUUCUAGAUCGCUUAAGCACGAGUCUUGCCCUGUUGAGGAAUAAGCGCUUGUCCUGCUGUUUGGUGCUGGAGGAAUAAUCGAUAAAAUUAUAACAGAGUGAUCUUAAUUCUGGAACGUAACUAUUAACAUUGAACCCCAUCUGUGAUGUGUAAAUUU